GUACUCAUUCUUGUUUUGGCCGUCAACGUGUUUAAAGCAGUAGUACAAAAAGUCGCGAAUCCAUUUAACACCACAAUUGGCACCACCACUAUCGAAAUACAUCGACCAAAACCAUCUGUCUCGUGGAUGGUUUGUUGUCGAUACCGCAUUGUCGUCGUCGGUGGUACGGUCGUCGGCCUAUCGGUUGUUAAUCAUUCGGUAUAUAUUCUUUUAUUUGAUCACAACUUAAAAGUUAGAGGAGACAGCAGCGCGUAAUAAAGCGAAGUCAACGUUGCGCGAUAUUUAUUUAUCGUCGGAAGUCUCAUAUUGUUGUUAUUCUGAACAUUACAGAUUGUUCCUUAAUGAACGCGGGUGUCUUAUAUGUAUGUGUGUGUGUGUGUGUUUGCGUCUGUUGAUACGUUUCCAUUUGUGUUCGUCUUAUUUUGAAUAUAUACAAAAAAGAAUUAAUAUUUGUUUACAACAAUAAAUUAAAAUGUGAUUUUGUUUACAUCGCAAAAAGGAAAAAAGAAACUUAAGAGCUGAAGUGGCGUUUAAAGUCAACCGGCAGGAGCGUGGCCGUUUAACAAGAACCGGUAACAACCCAGUCAUUGAAGAAGAAUCUAUUUGCGAUCCCAAAGCCAAGUAGUAUCGCCAUGUUCAACGUUUGAAUUUGAAAAAUAAUUGUUGAAAGCAACACAAGUUGCCUUUACUUUGAUAGAAAUACAAGGGACUAGUUAUUUUUACACUAAAUUCCUAAAACAGCCCAUUAAACCAACUACUUUCUUCUUGGGCGUAGAACGUGCGCUGUGAAUAAAAAAAAAAAAAAUUAGGAUUAAAAGCCGACAACUUGAACAUCUACUUUCCCUUUGUGUUGUCUGAGAAGCGCGAAACGGCUGGACUGAAUGCUACUCUCGAAACCACAAACUUUUUUUUAUUAAAUAACGACUCUGGAGUUAAACGAAGGAGUCUACCAUUUUCAUAGUGAUAUAUACGUAUAUAGCCAUAAGGAUUUCGGAAUUUCAAAGAGAACACUUUAUUAGCUAGACUAUACAUUCGUAUGCCAGAAGGUUUAUAAUAUACCCAAAAGUCUUGUCUUAUUCGCUCUACUUUUUAUACUACAGAUUUAUUGAAAGACUGUGGUGCUAUAUAUACAUAGAUAAGUCUGAGAGUUUAUUACUGUUUUAAUUGAUAUUGCAUUCACUUUUUUUCUUCCAUUGCCCGUUUGAGGAAAAUCUUUAUAUAUGAAUAAUAUCAAACCAAUAAAUGCAACCGCAUCAUCAUCAUCAUCAUCUUCAUCAUCAUUUCCAUCAUCAUCGUCACAACCAUCAUCGCAAUUGCAAUCGCAAUCACAAUCAUCAUCUACAUUUCAUAUUGCAACAUCCGAUUCAAAUACAUUGCCCACAUGUAAUGCAUCCUCAACGCCUUUGCCCAUCCCUACAGCAGAUUCAGUAAAUGAUUUCGCUUUGUCACCAUCUAAUACACCGUUAAAUAAUGCCUUUCCCUUAUCCUCAUCUAUAGCUUCACCCGUUUCGGAAUUUUCCUUAUAUUCCACAUCCUGUCCGCAAACCGCGGGUGGUAUCCUACAUGUUUCACCUGAACGGCAUCUAAUACCAUUGGUUGGGACGUCACCCACGCCACCACCCACGCCGCCGCAUUCGCAAACGAAUUCAAAUACUUCAUCGAGCUCCACAUCACCCUUUGGCCGCGACGUUGGUAUCUCAUUGAGAUUUACUCCAGCCAGUGGUGGUAGUGGCAGUGGUAUUGACCUUUCUCAUUCACCAUACCCCCUAGGCUCUAGUUGUCCAUCGCCCAGUUUCGAGCAAAUCAAACAUAAAUUGAAAAAUCAAGAAUCACAAACUCAAUUGAGCCUCUUGAACUCUCUGCUACUAUCCUCUGCAGCAAACGCCGCUGUCGUCAAGCACAUCGCCCAAUCAUCUCUGGUGCGUUCGGGGACUGCUACUAGCAUCAUGGAUAUGCCCUACAGCACUUCACCUUCCCUUCGGGUGCGCACCACAUCGCUUAACCAGCUCAAGAAAACCGCCGAUCUGGCCAUAGAGAAUGAAUUACACGUCUGUCCCAGCGAAAUGCCAGAUGAAUUGCGCAAACUGUUGCCGCCAACCUCGGAAACCGUUAUGACUAAACCAUUUCCUAUCCGAGGUGAAAGGGCUAUAUCUGAUGUAGCUACACCACAUGUUAUUGCCAUGGUUGGUUUGCCGGCCCGUGGCAAGACUUUCAUAUCCAAGAAACUAGCUCGUUAUCUUAAUUGGAUUGGCAUCUGCACCAGGGUCUUUAAUUUGGGUGAAUAUCGUCGUCAUGCCACUACAGCUUAUAAAUCACAUGAGUUCUUCAGGGCUGACAAUGAGGAAGCGAUGGCCAUACGUAAUCGCUGUGCCAAUCAGGCUUUGCAUGACUCCUGUGAGUGGCUCCUCAGUGGCCAAGGAAGUGUGGCCGUGUUUGAUGCCACCAAUUCGACCUAUGAUCGGCGCCAACUGAUUUACGAUAUUGUCGUUAAACACCAUGGAUUCCGUUUAUUCUUCGUGGAGUCGAUCUGUGACGAUCCCCAGAUUAUUGAACAAAAUAUCAAAGAGGUCAAAGUAAGCUCUCCGGAUUAUGUGAAUAUGAAUACGGAUUUGGUGGUCCGGGAUUUUCUACAACGUAUUGAGCAUUAUGAAGAACGCUAUCAGAGCAUACAUGAGGACAAGGAAUCCCAUUUGAGUUUUAUGAAAGUCUACAAUGCCGGUAAAAAAGUGGUGGUCUAUAACAAUGAAGGUCAUGUAGAAUCACGCAUCGUCUACUACUUGAUGAAUAUUCAUAUCACCCCUCGGACCAUAUAUCUAACACGUCAUGGGGAGUCGGAGCAUAAUCUUAAAGGCCUCAUCGGCGGCGAUUCCAAUUUGAGUGAACGCGGUCGUUUGUAUGGCAAAGCUUUGGCAUCAUACAUAGAACAGCAGCAAAUUGAGGGUUUGCGUGUAUGGACAUCAUGGAUGAAACGGGCCAUACAAACCGUUGCCGACGUUAAGGCUCCCCAAGAACGUUGGAAGGCGUUAAACGAAAUCGAUGCCGGUCAUUGUGAGGAAAUGACCUACGAACAGAUCAAGGAACGCUUCCCCGAGGAAUUCAAGGCUCGCGAUCAAAAUAAAUUCGCCUAUCGUUAUCCACGUGGUGAAAGCUAUGAGGAUUUGGUGGCACGCCUGGAGCCCGUUAUCAUGGAAUUGGAACGUCAAGGCAAUGUCUUGGUUGUAUCCCAUCAAGCUGUAUUGCGCUGUCUCUUCGCCUAUUUCCUGGAUAAAUCUGCCGAUGAGUUACCUUACUUAUAUGUUCCAUUACAUACAGUUAUAAAGCUCACGCCCGUUGCCUAUGGCUGUAAAGUGGAACACAUUAAGUUACCCAUCGACGCCGUGGAUACACAUCGCCCCAAGCCCAAAAUACCAGGCGACGUCUCAUUGGGUCUUGAUGGCUUAAGCGGUGAAUUGGUUGCCCCAGAUGGCGUUGGUAAGGUGUUGAUUGUAGGUGAUGAUGUGUCUAAAGCAUCCAACGGCGGAAGCUGUGGUGUUCUGGGCAAUGGUUGCGGCAACAGCGCCACCCGUGCAGACGACGGCAAUGCCAAUAAUAUAAUAGGUCAAUGAUAUUGCCAACAACAGCAGCAGCAAUUUGUUUUACUUAAACGAGGACUGCUGGCUCAGUUCCAUUUGAAUCGUUUCAAUACACUUUAAACUCCCAAACGACUGUCUGUAAUUGCAACAGCAGCACCAACAACAAAUAAUAUUAAGAGCAAUUACGGUAUAACUUCUUGCACACUUCCCCUUUAACUAGAGAUGUAGCAAUUAGCACUAAUAAUUCUUAAGUGAAUUGUAGAAAUAGAAUAUAAAACGUUACAUGUUGCUCUCAGUUUAGUUUUGCAAAACACAUUCGCAAUAUAGCUCUCAAUUGAUAAUAGCGUUUGAUAUGGCAACACCUUUCGCUGCAAUAAAAGCUAGGAUUUUCAUGUCGGACAUGUCACCAUUCACAAUUCAAACAAUUCAUUGAACUACUACAUACACAUACACAUCCACUCUCACAUACACACACUACAGACAUUCAUUUUAAAGAAAGCUGAUGAUGACGGAAACAUUCACAAUAGCCAGACUAAAAAUGAGUGAAUCUCAAAAAACAAACAGACAAACACAAAAAUAGAAACAUAAAAAAGAUACCUAUCUCAAUUCUAUAAAGUUUUAGUAAUGUUAACAAAAUUUUGUAACCGAUUAAAAUAUAUGAGUUGACUACAUUUGCUUUCUAAAAUUUAAACUGAUUCAAAUUGUUAAUUUUUCCUUAUUUUUGAAUAUAAUGAGAAUGAAGAUAGCAGAGACAAGACUUUUAUGACUGAUAAAAAACGAAAUUUUGUAACUUAACUAAAUAUACUUGCUUGAUUUUUAAUGCAAACUAAAACACACAUAUUUACU